CCUUCCGAAUAACGGAUACACGUUAUCAGUGCGCGCCUUGCAUUGUACUACCGAGUAGGCUACUCUAAUGAAUACUAGUGGAUCAGCACCUACAAUAGAACUGAUUAUGCCAAGAUAGCACUGUCUUUCCCUCUUACCAUGAUGGCAUGCGAAAGUUUAGAGGGCAGGUUUGCUGGCAUCAAGGCCGAGUGUUCUCAACUUCAUUACUCUUGCACGUGCAAGAAAAACUGUAACAACUGCAAGCUUUUCUUCGGAUUCUUUAUCGUUUCGCUCUCGUUACAUGUAAUCACGCUAUCAUGCUUUCUUGAUCUUCGGUCUGAAGUAAAACGCGAGCUCUUGCAAACGAAAAGAGAGCCGAUGCUCACCGUCGGUACGGAAGAUGAGAGUAAACCAACUGAACACGCAGAUCCAGAGGAAAGCGCCAACGAUGUAUUCUUCGGCUCUGAUGCAGAGACCCAGAUACAAAACCAUGAUUCUACUCAUCCAAGAGAAGAGAAGACAAGCUCUCUCUGGAGAACAAAAAGGGCAGCCAAAGAAUCGAAUGGAAAGCGAAAAAAAGGCAGAAAAAGAUCACCAGGUGCACCUGGUCCUCCUGGCCCUCCAGGGCCACAAGGGCCACCUGGUAUUCCAGGAAUUCCUGGUAUUCCUGGCAGCAAUAGUUUAGGCCCUGCAGGGUCACCUGGACCCCCAGGACCAAGGGGCCCUCCAGGGCCACAAGGGCCAGCAGUUGUUGUUGAAAAAGCCAAGGCAAGGGAGUUCCAGCCUGCUGUGGUCCACUUGCAAGGCCAAGAGACAACAAUACUGGUGAGAGAAGAUCUUCCAGAGGGCGUGCUGAAAAACUGGAAAAUGGUCUCUGUGCACCACAAAGUUUUCAAGAUGCACUCUCGCUCCGGACAGCUUGAGGUGCUCAUGGAUGGCAUCUACUUCAUCUAUAGUCAGGUAGAAAUUUACUAUCUCAACUUCACGGACAUUGCCAGCUAUGAGGUGCUGGUGGAUGGCCUGCCAUUCCUGCGCUGCACAUGCAGCAUCGAGACGGGCCAACGCAAGUUCAACACGUGCUACACAGGAGGUGUGAGCAUGCUCCAUGCCCACCAGCGCAUCUCUGUCCGCAUCGUGUACGAGGACUCGCUCAUCAGCAUGAGCGAUCAUGCCACUUUCCUGGGCAGCGUGAGGCUAGGGGACGCACCUUCUGCUGGUCACGCUUAAACACGGGACAUUUUCAGCCUGUAAAUAUGCUCAAUGUGUGUUUUACAUUCACUUUCUUUUGCACUAAAAAUAAAAUUCUUACUCUAACUAGUAGUACUGCUUCUGAUAGUGGGUUCUAAAUGACAGAUGGAUUAAAUUUAAGUAAUUCAUUCCGUGAUGUACAUAAAAAAUGUUUUCUCUGUGUGUGUGUAUAUAUGUACAUAAAAUAGAAAAUAAGUUUUUUUAUAAAUUGAUUCAGAUACAAUAAAUACUUAUGAACGUGUAAUCUAUUUACUGUGGAUGGUAGUUUUUGUCAUCUGGUUUGAAACUCAAGAAUGCAUCACAAAGAUCAAUAUAAAGAUGCUAUAGAGUUUGUAGAGUACAAGUGAACAUGUUAUUAGUCAACUUGGCCAAGCUACUCAAAGGCAUUUCCUGAUUAGUCAUGAAAUGAAACAUGGAUACAUUUCCUCAUGGGUUUUCCCCAUCUCAUAUUUAUGUUUUAUUUUGAAUGGUAAAUUAUUUGAAUUUACAGCUAGUGACUGACACAAAGACUAAACAAGGUCAAACAAAUCCUGUUUGCUUAAACAAACCCUUGGCUGCUCCAUAUAUCUGACCGCUGUUAUACAACUCGCCUGGUUUAUUGUAUAAAUGAACAUUAUUUGAUGGAGAAUAUUGUAAACUUUCUUCCAGUGGUAUUCUACCACAUGGCUGAAAACCUCACUGAGAUCUGAACUGAUACCGUUUUGAA